AUGGGAUCAUUACUGAGUUGCUGUGGCAACAAGAAGAUUGAAGAUGGGGCUAACCUGGUUGCUGGAGCUAGCACUUCAUGGAGGAUAUUCACAUACAAGGAGUUGCAUGCAGCAACUAAUGGUUUCAGUGAGGAUAAUAUGCUUGGAGAAGGUGGAUUUGGAAGUGUCUAUUGGGGUAAUACCAGCGACGGCCUUCAGAUUGCUGUGAAAAAGUUGAAAGCAAUGAACUCAAAAGCUGAAAUGGAGUUUGCUGUGGAAGUAGAAGUGCUUGGAAGGGUUCGGCACAAGAAUUUGCUGGGGCUUAGAGGAUAUUGCGUUGGGACAGAGCAAAGGCUUAUAGUGUAUGAUUACAUGCCUAACCUCAGCUUGCUGUCUCAUCUCCAUGGUCAGUUUGCUGUAGAAGUCCAAUUAGAUUGGAAGAGAAGGAUGAAGAUUGCAAUUGGUUCUGCUGAAGGCCUCCUGUACCUGCACCGCGAGGUUACACCUCAUAUAAUCCACAGGGACGUCAAGGCCAGCAACGUCUUACUAAAUUCAGACUUUGAGCCUUUAGUUGCAGAUUUUGGGUUUGCAAAGCUAAUCCCAGAAGGUGUUAGCCAUCUGACUACACGAGUUAAGGGCACAUUAGGGUACCUAGCACCUGAAUACGCUAUGUGGGGAAAGGUCUCAGAGAGUUGUGAUGUAUAUAGCUUUGGAAUUCUCUUGCUUGAAAUCGUCACUGGUAGGAAGCCAAUAGAAAAGCUUCCUGGGGGAGUGAAGAGAACUAUCACCGAGUGGGCUGAGCCAUUGAUAAUCCAAGGGAGGUUCAAGGACCUUGUUGAUCCAAAACUCCGAGGAAGUUUCGAUGAAAACCAGCUUAAACAGGUGAUUAAUGUUGCGGCUUUAUGUGUUCAGAAUGAGCCUGAUAGGCGACCAAAUAUGAAGGAAGUUGUUAAUAUGCUUAAAGGAAAUGAUCCUAGAGGUAAGGUCAUGCAAAAUAGGAUUGAAAGUGCUAAAUAUAAGGAAGAAUUGCUUGCACUUGACCAAACUAGUGAUAACGAUGAUGAUGAUGGUACUCGCGGUGGCCAUGGCGACGAUGAUGGUGGUCCGGAGGAAAGUGGGUAUGGUGUUUUUGGUGAUAUGGAGGUGCAUAAAAUGCAAGACCAUAGACGUUUUGGAUAUAAUAUGAAAAUGGCCAAAUAUGUGUAG